UCUAGUCGGGCUGUACUGAAAGCAAAACGCACGAACUGACAACACGUAGACAGCAGGACGGGAUGAAGGAUUAGAUUCUCGGCUUUUAUUUUCCCACAUGAAACUCCGACUCGGUUUUGUAUACGCUCCUCCCACCCCCGGAGCAGCGCGGUGCAGGCGGCCCUGCCAAGUCAGUUUGAAAAGAUCAGACAAAGGCAGCAGGAAGCCCCUCGGCUUGGCAAUGCGUGCGAGCGGAGCGCAAACGCGACGCGAAAGCUCGGUUUAUUUUUCGGGGAUAGCGGUCUGAACCGACGCUCACGCAGCUCGCAAUUCUUCACCCACUUUCGGCUUUGAGGCAGUUUUGAAGAUUUUUUUUUCCGGGGGGGGGGAAGAGAAGAAAAAUGUACGACCGCCUGGAUCCUCGCGGAGAGCGGAGACGGUUAUCUCAACACGAGACGGGCAGCGUCGUGUGACCGAGCGCGAGCGUUUCCCCUCCGGUUUUACUGUCGGUUUGUGUUGGAAAGCAGCUUCCCCCCCCCGUGCGUCCCUCCUCCGGCUUUUGCAGACCCCCUGCGCGUGUCCCAGGAGUUGAUCGAUCUACCCACACUUAAAUGUAGGAAAAGAAACGCAACCGGAGAUUUGGAGGAUCUUUUUUAUUAUUUUUUUCCCUCCUUAAGCGAAGAGGGAAGUGAACUUGUGGGUCGCGUAUACAUUUUUACGCGCAUGUUAAGAUGGAGACGCACGUCUCGUGCCUCUUCCCAGAGAUUUUAGCCAUGAUUUUCAGUUACUUGGACGUGAGGGACAAAGGCCGGGUGGCCCAAGUGUGCACGGCGUGGAGAGACGCGUCCUACCACAAGUCCGUGUGGAGGGGGGUGGAAGCCAAGCUGCAUCUCAGGAGGGCCAACCCGUCCCUGUUCCCCAGCCUUCAGGCCCGGGGCAUCCGGAGGGUGCAGAUCCUCAGCCUGAGGCGCAGCCUGAGCUAUGUGAUCCAGGGCAUGCCCAACAUCGAGAGCCUGAACCUGAGCGGCUGCUACAACCUGACUGACAACGGCCUGGGGCACGCUUUCGUCCAGGAGAUCUCCUCGUUGCGUGUUCUCAACCUGAGCCUGUGCAAGCAGAUUACGGACUCCAGCUUGGGCAGGAUAGCUCAGUAUCUUAAGAACUUGGAGGUGCUGGAGCUGGGUGGCUGCAGCAACAUCACAAAUACGGGCUUGCUGCUGAUUGCGUGGGGUUUGCACAGACUCAAGAGCCUCAACCUGAGAAGCUGCAGGCACGUCUCCGACGUGGGCAUCGGACACCUGGCAGGCAUGACCAGAAGCGCCGCUGAGGGAUGCCUCAGCCUGGAGUACCUCACACUUCAGGACUGCCAGAAACUCACAGACCUGUCUCUCAAGCACAUCUCCAAAGGCUUGGCCAGACUCAAAGUUCUUAACUUGAGCUUCUGCGGGGGCAUCUCGGACGCUGGCAUGAUCCACCUGUCCCACAUGACCAGCCUGUGGAGUCUUAACCUGCGCUCGUGUGACAACAUCAGCGACACGGGCAUCAUGCAUCUCGCCAUGGGGACGCUACGACUUUCCGGCUUGGACGUGUCUUUCUGUGACAAGAUCGGCGACCAGAGCCUGGCGUACGUAGCCCAGGGCCUUUACCAGCUCAAGUCCCUGUCUCUGUGCUCGUGCCACAUAAGUGACGACGGCAUCAACCGGAUGGUGCGCCAGAUGCACGAGUUGAGGACCCUGAACAUUGGCCAAUGUGUGCGGAUUACAGACAAAGGCCUGGAGCUCAUAGCGGACCAUCUGACCCAGCUGACCGGCAUCGAUUUAUAUGGAUGUACAAAAAUUACUAAGAGGGGACUGGAGAGGAUAACACAACUCCCCUGCCUUAAAGUUUUGAACCUGGGCCUUUGGCAGAUGACUGAAAGUGAAAAAGUGCGGUAAAACUCGGGUGAGAUCGUGCAGGGGAGGGAGGGGGGAGGGGCGUGACGUGGGCGGGGAAUUUACAUUAUUCUAAAGGUGGGGGGGAAUCCGGCGCGGAUUAAAGCGGUUCAAAUUUAUUCGUCCGGGAAGAAAAUAUGAACAGUGUUUCAUCUGGCGUUUUAUUAACCCUUUGUAUCAGUCACAGAGUGUGGUGGUGUGCGAUACUUUAAAACAAACAAACAAAAAAAGUUUUUAAUCUCUAACCGGUCGCAAUGCUAGCCUAAAAUCGUGCUCCUUCCCUACUAAAUGUCGCGCCUAAAACAUUUCGGCUACCUCUUACCUAUGUUUUAAACUCGUAUCCUUAAAUUAAAAAAAAAAAAAAAGGCGGAUAUGGAGAUAAAUUGUGCCUAGGAAG